AUGCGUUUUCAAUCAGAUCUUUCUGCGGCAUUGCUCCUGGCAGCUGUGUCGGCUGUCCAGGUGAACGCUGGGAGUGUGAAGAGCAAUGAACCGUGUGCGGAAAUGAGCGAGAUGUACGUCAAGGCGACCAAGGCCAACACUACGGCUAGUAUUCCUGCUAGGUUGGGUUAUGAAUGUCUGAAAUCUAUGCCGUUCGUGUCGGACCUUGCGGUCGAGUUUAUCGAGGAGUACCGCAAAUACCUCUUGUUCCAAUCCACAAUCGAGAUUCUGCAAGACCCUCCGGUCGGUUAUCUCAUGCCAAGUACCGACCUCUUGGGUGGGUUGGAUACGAUCCAGGAGAACGCCGCCGCCAAUAAGUAUGAGAGCCAGUUCGAUUUCGAUAUGGACCUUAGCAGUCUGAUAGCGUCGGCUCACGAUGGCCAUCUGUCAAUUGACCUCUGUUCACUUCAACUUCUCUACUUUACGAUUGAUCUCCCGCUGGCUUCCGUCUCAUCCGACGGGCUGGAACUUCCCCAGGUAUAUCUUUGGCAGGAUAUGGUGCUGGCCAACGAUGGAGAUCAGUCGGUGUCUCCUGUGGCAUCUAUCAACGGGGUGGACGUGGUGGAGUUUUUGGCAGAAAUCACCUCGGCAGAAAACUUUCAAGACCCGGAUGCUCAGUAUAAUAUGGCGUUUCCUGGGAACGGUCGAAGAGUCACCUUGGGGGCAGUCACCGAUGCCUGGCAACUCCCCAGCGUUUGGCCAGGCGAGUCCACAUACACAAUCAAGUUUGAGAACGGUAGCACUGUAGAUGUCGAUCGCACCAUCACAACCGAGAAAGAUUUGUCCGAUGCCAUGUGGCAGAAUGGUACUGCGCUCUUCAAGGCUGUAUGUCUGCCUGAAACAACGACCUCGACUUCAUCUUCCAGUUCGUCCGACUCCGCCUCCACCACAUCCGACAGCUCAUCCACGGCGCAAGUCUCAGGGUAUCCCACCGAUGUUGUCAUUAGCGAGUCUAAUAACUAUAUCUCCGGUUAUUAUCUGGAUGGAAAGGGGUUCGAGGAUAUCGCCGUGCUGGUGGUCCCUACGUUCAGUGUCAGUGGUGAUGAGCCUGCGGCUUUUGCCCGCGUUGCGAGGGAGUUUAUUGGCAAUGCCACCGCAGAUGGUAAGACCAAGAUGCUCAUCGACCUUUCCGGCAACCCCGGCGGUGAUAUUGACGCCGGCUUCAACCUCUUUCGGCUCUUCUUCCCCAAUGAGGCGCUAUACACCGCCACCCGGUUUCGUUCGCACGAAUCUCUCUAUCUCAUGGGCAAAGUUCUCUCCACAGUUGAUGUGAGCACCAUAAGCGCGGACUAUUUCGAGGUUACCGUUGAAGGCCCUCUAGACUCCCGGACCCAAGUCACCCCGGACCAAGAGGGUUCCUUCUCCUCCUGGGCGGAGAUUUACGGACCCCAUGUCAUCCUCAACACCAACACGUCUACGCUCUAUGCCAACUCCAACUUCACUUUAAUAUCCUCUGCAGAUGAACCGAUCAGCGGAUAUGGAGAUAUCCCCCUUGACCCCACUACCUCUCCAUUCACAGCGGAAAAUAUUGUUCUUAUUUCCGAUGGCUUCUGCUCUUCGACCUGCACGUCCUUCAGUGAGCUCAUGAAAUACCAAGGCGUUCGAUCGAUCGCUUUCGGAGGCCGUCCCUUGAACGAGCCCAUGCAAGCCAUGGGCGGGGUUAAAGGUGCUGAGUCGUUGGACCUUUCGGCCAUCGAGAUGUACUCCGCUUUGGUCGCUUCAAUUGCAAUGAAUGCCUCGGAGACGUCGUCUCCACUUCUGACAGAAAGUGAACUGGAUCUUCUCAACGCCACAGGACCCAUCCCGCUGGAGGAUUUCCCGUUAACGUUCAGUGGAGGCGAACUGAACUUCCGCAACAGCUACCACAAGGACAACGACCAGGUGCCGCUGCAAUUUGUUUACGAGGCUGCCGAGUGCCGCUUGUUCUACACGGCGGAGAACUAUCUAGAGCAAGAGACCGUCUGGACCGCUGCUGCCACUGCCAUGUGGAACGGUGGGUCCUGCGUCCCCGGCUCGACCAACGGCACCGGCAGUCUCUAUGAGACCACUGCCUCCAAUCGCAUGAAACAGCUUGCGAUCCUGGUUGCUCUGGGUAAGGAACUUCAGUGAUUCUUAAUAGUUUAUAUAUGGCAUGGUUAUCUUGUAAUGUGUUGUUAUUGGCCUCAAGUGAUCAAUAAAAGGCGGCGAUUUUCUGACUUAAAAUGGAGGUAUUAUAGUAACUAUAGGAUAGAACAUUGUUGAUUGCAGC